AUCAGUUCAUUUUCAAGAGUACCUUACUCAACAAUUUCAGAAGUUAAACAGUCCGUUAUUUCAGCGCAUGAAAUCUCGUCUGAUUCAUCAUUUCUACGCGAAUUUGCAGCUUAGAAUUACCAACGAAAUGGAAACGAUAGUGGAAGAAAUCGUAGCAGUUGAAGACUUAAAGAAAAAUGAGCAACUGUACAAUGCUGAGCUGGCACAGGGGAGGGUGACCGUCGGGACUCAGUUUCAGUAUGCUUGGUGUCUGGUGAGAAGUCGUUACAGGGAUGACAUGAGGAGAGGGGUCGUACUCCUGGAGGAACUACUGCAUGGCGGAAGCCCUCAGGUCCAGAGGGAUUGCCUUUUCUAUCUAGCCAUCGGAUAUUACAGGCUGAAGGAAUAUACAAAUGCCCUGAAGUUUGUCCAAGGCCUUCUUCAAAUUGAACCCAACAACAGGCAAGGAGCUGAUCUUGAAAAACUCAUCAAGAAGAAGAUGAAUAAAGAUGGACUUCUCGGGAUGGCAAUCGUAGGUGGAGCAGCUGUAGCCCUUGCUGGUCUAGUUGGAGCAGGAAUCGCCCUAGCGAAGAAAUAGAACUCCCUUGCACAUCAUUUCCAAAGAAAAGAUAUUGAUGUUAAUAAUCUUUUUGCAAAUAUCAAACUCUAAUGUGAAUAUAUCAAACAAAGGAAGGUCAAAGAAUUUUCUGAUUGAUAAGACAUGGUUAUGCGAAUUGUACACGUUAGUGAAACAGGACAACUCUUGGAGGGGGCACCUCUCCUUCAGAUAAAAUCCCCUGGAACACUUUGUCCAACACUUUCCGUACACCUUCCAAAUGCAUGCACACUGUUUAUUUCAUAUUAAUGGAUUUAUUUUCAGACGGGCUUCUUGGAAUGGCAAUAGUUGGUGGUGCAGCCGUAGCGGUGGCAGGACUAGUCGGAGCAGGAAUUGCUCUUGCAAAGAAGAAAUAGC